AUGGGUCUGGCAUGUCUCUGCGACUUUCCCCCUCUUUCACUGUUGUCACCGCCGCUCUCUUCGCCUUCUCUUCCCGCUCCUCCACGCACCACCAUCGACUCCAUCGCCUUUUGCUGUGGCUGUGGGUGUGGCACGGCGACGGUGACGCUCCCGCCUGUUUCUUUGCCUCCCAAACUACCAGGGGGCGACGGCAAACACACAGGCGCGCGCGUAUUGUGUUGCUCCACACAACAGUCGCUUUACAUCUUGCCGGUGUUUUUGUGGGUGUGUCUCCUGCGUGACGUGCUGAGCCCUCCCCUCCUCAGAAUAAUGCCGCUGCAUCGGCGAGCUGUACUGCUCCUGUACGCGACUGCGCGGCGCACUGCUGCGCCAGUCGGCUCCUCCUCACUAUCUGCAACUAGUAGGGCUGUGGACGAAUCCUCUUCCCCAUCCCCUCCGCCGUGGCGUCGAACCGUCUGUUCCACGUCCGUCACUGUGGAUGGGCACGCGGCUGCCGCUUCUGCCGCGGACGCUCCUGCCUCUGCGGCUCUUCAAUCCAAUUCGCACCACGCACCGCUGCAAGAGCCUCCGCGGCGGACUGUCCACAGCAAGGAAGGGUAUAACGUCAUUGGGUGUCUCCGCGCGUCUGGCCAUGACGUGGUGUUGGGGCGUGUGCGAGUGUCCUUCACAGCGUACAUACUCGGUGCCUCGGUUGGACUGCUCUAUCUCGUGUACUACUUGACUACCUACACGUAUGUGCUGACCACAAAUCUGUCGCCACAUCGCAACUCGCUCUUCUUCCACUUCCCAUGCGACAUGGCGGUAAUCGAAAAUAGGCUGACGCACAGGAGAUAUACCAUCGAGGUGGUGCCGGAGGCUGAGCCGCCGCAGCGCCUGGGCCAUGGGGACCACGGAGAAGGGGGCACGGCCGGGCUUGCUUGCCCCAAGCCGGCAAUUGUGGAGCGCCGGCUGCACAUCAACUGGCUGCUGUACCGUGUGUUUCUCUACCUACAGAAGACGGAGUCUCUCGUCAUGGUGGACACGCAGGCGGAGAUGGCGCCGCACCGCUUCAUAGGUGGCGCGAGCAGCGUCGGCAAGGCCUCUCGUGCAUCGGUGGGGUUCCUCCUAGAGGACCAGCUUUUUCCCGACAUCAACGAUGACCGCGCAAACACAACGCCAUCGCAGAGACGGUGGUGGCAGUGGUGGAGUAGAAGGGCAAGUGCCUCAGCAGCGCUGUUACCGCGGCCUGUCUCCGGUUCCAGUGACUGCGCCACAACGCCGGCGGCAGUGGCAGCGACACCGAUGGCGCCUACGAAGAUCUUACUCAAAAGUAGUGUGCGCCUGCGUGACGCCACGAACGGGUACCAGAAGGGUCACCGAUACACCUAUGAGCAGUUCAUCCACCACGCCGCACAGAUGAAGAUCCAGCAGCGCUACUAUACCUAUGUGCUGGCGAGGGGCAUGGCAAAAUACCGCGGCCUGCGGAAGGUUUAUGCAGAGGAGCUCAUUCGCAAUGGUCUUCUCUCGGGCGACGGCGUGACACUGACGGAGCUGGUGCCGAAUGCACAGCAGUUUGCUGAUGAGAUCUUUGCAGAGGCGAGUGCAAAAUUUGGCGAUGACGUUGUCGUUUACGAGUACACCGCCACACUGUACUAG